AUGUUGGCUCUUCGCGACCAAGAAAACCUGGUAAACUCCCACCAAACCGCCGCGGCAGCAAAGCCCUUGAACCAAAGCAAGCAGCUAGCACCCAAGACACCAGGCAAGCCACGAAAUGACGAGAAUAACCCGUUGGCAUUCGGAAAUCGCACCGUGAAGGGCAAUGGCAAGCGUCAGGAGAAUGGAAAGGCAGGCAACGCGUUUAUGACUCCGAUGGUGAAGGAUCGCGCUCCUUUGGGUAUGAAAACCACCAACCUCAAAGCGAAUAAUCUUCAGACGCCUGCGCCCUUCGGUGGAAUCACCAAGCAAGCGAAGACAAAUCGCAGACAGUCGACUGCCCAGAAGAUCCGAAAAGCUGCUCCAGUGGCACAGCAAGCUCAAACCCAAGUCCACAUAGACACUUCUGCGGACGACGUACCGGAGAUUGAAUACAUGCCGCCGAAGCCUAGAGAUCUUCCAGACCUUCCAGACGAUGUGACCUAUGACACCACAUUCCCCCAAUUCCGUCCUAAGAAUCGAGCUCUAGGUUUGGAGAGUGUUUACGGAAAGCAACAAGUUGGCAGGGAUGGACUCACAGCAAAGCAGCGUAAGUUUAAGGAGGAUUCGGCGGCGUGCGACAAGAUGGUGGAUGAUUUGAUCAUGAAACAACUUGAGGAUAUUGGGUUUGAGAGCUCUGGUGAAAGCGAGUCCACAAAAGCACCUCAGCCAAAUGCCAUCCCCUCAGAAAGGCCUACCACCAAAAGGCACACUCGCAGUGUGUCGACGCUUUUAGCUCGUGAUGCAGCUGCUGCGCUUGCUGGACCCGGACCAACUUCUACACCUCAAGUGGCUCAAACUCCGAAACCACGGGUUGCGUUGUUGGCAUCGUCACUGGUUAUGCCCAAGAGGCACGCCAGGGUCCCGUCUAACCCCUCUUCCAUGCGCAACACUGCUGCUUCUAUAAAUUCACGGACAACCGUUGGCUACUCCAAAGGACGCAGUGUUUCAUCCACCCUACGGGAGAAACAUCCACAAACGCAGAAGCUGCCAAGCUCUCAGAUCCUGUCACCCGAAACUUAUAUCCAGCUUUAUGGGCCCCCUCCGCUGGACUCGGAAAUGUGGACUCGUUGCAAAGCUGCUGGAUGCUUUGAUACCCCGGACGAGACCACUCAGGAACCAGAAGAGCCACUGCCCACAUUUGAUGAAGACGAUGAGGCUCAGAGCUUCCAGCUCACUCUGUAG